AUGAAUAAUGUCCAAGAAUGCUCGUUAAAGCAAGAGCAAUCGUGCAUACCUCUUGACGAUGAAAAAGAGUCGGUCGAACCCAAGGAAACAGCAGAUCAAACUCCUUUCCGGACCUACCGUAUUCGCUUCUACGGUUUAUUCCUCAUUGCACUAUUGAAUAUCGUUUCGUCUAUGAACUGGCUCUCUGUUGCUCCUGUGCCUGAUUAUGCGUCAGAGUUUUUUGGAAAUGCCAGAUUGACUUCGGUAAACUGGUUCAGCAAUGUUUUUCUGCUGACCUAUAUUGUUGCCGGACCAGUAUCCAGCUAUGUAUUUGAUCAUCAUAGUAUAAAAACCGGUAUCCUCCUUGGUGCCUCCCUUCAAACCCUAGGGUCUUGGUUGAGAUUCUUUUCUAGCUAUGUCAAGAAUGACUCUGGGAGAUUCGGGCUAGCAAUGGUAGGCCAGGUCAUUUGUGCCGUCGGUCAACCUUUUAUUCUUAAUUCAUCUACACCCUAUGCCUCUCUUUGGUUUAGUCCCGAUGGCCGUAGCUCGGCAAGCAUGGUGAGCGGGUUGGCUAAUGCAGUCGGCAUGGCAGUGGCCGAUUUACUCCUUCCUGCCGUCGUACUGGACUCAUCAGAUAUGUGGAUAGGUUUUCUCAUCAUAGCAUGUGCAACAACAGCCGUUCUUGUCCCUUCGAUAUUUAUCCCACUCAAACCUAAAACACCACCUUCUUACAGCGCCUCUACGAAGAUGGAUCACGAUCUACCCUUUCACACGGCCGUUCUCCAGCUCUUGCAGAAUCGCGAUUUCAUCAUCAUUUUCAUCACUUUUGGUAUUGCGUGCGGUUUAUUCUCGACCGUUACCUCAUUAAUGACACAGAUCGUGACUCCAUACGGUGUCUCGGUCGACGAUGCUGGGUUUUUGGGGGCUGCCUUUAUUAUUGCUGGUAUCGUGGGCGCCGUUGUGGUUGGAUUAUUUGUCGACAAAACAAUGAAACACAAACUUGUACUAAAGACAUUUGUACCUGUGGUUGGAUUUAUGUACCUUGCCCUUUUGUUUGUUGUCAAGGAAGAUAAUUUUAGUGUAAUUAUGGUUAUAUCUGCACUUCUUGGCUUUUUUACGUUUUCAUUAUUGCCUGUUGCACUUGAAUUGAGUGUUGAAUGCUCUUAUCCAGUAUCUGAAGCGGUCUCGAGUUCCAUGCUAUGGGUAUGCUCUCAGGUUUUUGGUCUCAUCUUCUUGGUUUCUAUGGACGCCCUUCGAGAAGAACACGGAGUUCCGGAAAACAAUAUGAGACGUGGAUUGGUCAUGGCAACAGGUUUGGCUAUGCCUUUGAUGGCAUUUGUUGCAUUUUAUACCAGUCCCAACAAGAGAAUGGAAAUUGAAAAAAGGAAUAGAGUGGAUAAUCAAACUCAUGUAUCUCGGAUAGUUUAA